CAGCCCUGGCCAGCUGCUGUUGGCUGGGUUAUUGACAUUUUGAACAUGCAUUGAUCAGGGCCAGUUAUUUACUGAGCUGCCCAGCUAUAGCUGACAUUAUACAGAGAAAUUAAACUAGCCUGAGCCUGACUCUGCACUGGCAGCCCCUCCAUUGAACCCCAGAGCAUGUGAUCCAUGAGGGUAACUUCAUUUUCUCUGUUUUUCUUUUUUUUCAGCCUAAUUUAAUUUCCCUAGAUACAGGAAGCAGCAUGUGACAGCGACUGAAAGCAUCCCAUUGUGAAUUUACAGAAAACACCUCCUUUUUGGGGACCGCUCGCUUGUGAGAGCAGCCGACAUUGAACGCCAUGUCGUCAACCCACAAACAAGGCGACUCUGGGCUCCUGCGCGGCUCGUGUACACGCUCUUACGGUAGCCUGGUCCAGUCAUCGUACUCGCCGGCGAGAGUAAGAAAGUUGGAGCAUCAGGUUCAACCGGGCGACACGUUACAAGGCUUGGCGUUGAAAUACGGCGUCACUAUGGAACAAAUAAAACGAGCCAACAGAUUGUACACAAAUGAGUCUAUAUUCCUCAAGAAAUAUCUGUACAUCCCUGUGCUGGUUGAACAGGGUGAGUUGUCCAAUGGACUGGAGUCUCCAGAAGAGUCAGGAGACGGUUCAAGCUCCGAGAGGCCAUCUUCAAGUCAGACUCAAAAAUCGGGGAAGGACAGGAGCAAGCGACAGGAGAAUAAAUCCCAUGCAGGGACCAGGAAUGAGAUAUCAGCUAGUGACUUUAUGAACAACUUGGACACCAAAAUCCGUGUGUCUAAGAGAGCAGCUGUGAAAAAGCUCAAAGAGGUGGAAACGAUUCCAGAUGACAACAUGACCGCAGAAGCCAAAAGUUACCAGAGACCUCCUGACCGCACCAGAGAGUCAUCACCACAAACUCAGCAACGUUCUUUACUAGGACCUGUUCCUCUCACCAUAACCACACGGGCCUCUACCAUAAAGGACCACGAGGAUGAAAUAUUUAAACUCUGACCGCCGUGUUCUGCCUGGAUCUUGUAUAUUUCUUAUUGCAGUUUCCUUUCUUUUUACGGCGUCAAAUAAUGUUAAAGUGAUAAUUUUACCUCGUACAGUGCCUCUGCUCCUAUUUUGUAGGCAUUCAACCAAAUUGGCUACGUGAACUCUUAACUACUGCUCAAACCACCGCAUUCCUUUAGAAGACCUUCAACGUUAAAUGAUGUUCUCUCUUUCUACAAAAAAGUUUGGGGUUUUUUUUUUUUUACGGAUUUACUUUGGUAUUGUCUGAAAACAGACAUUUUUAAACAGAAAAUGAAAUUCUUGGAAUUAGGGCUUUCAUUGUGAAAGCAGAAGCCAUCUCGUUUUUAAGGAACUUGUUACCACAUGAACCCACAGGGUGGAGCUAAGAGAUUUCAAUGUUAACAAUUACGUAAUUAGGCAAAGAGACCAGUUCUUUCACAGCUUACAUUUUUAGUAUAAAAGAACAAAUUCAAUGAUUCAGCACAACCACCAAUCUUCACAAUGUCUUCUUUCUACUGAAGUGAAAUAGAGCAAUAGAAGAUGUUCCUUCUCGUAUCACUGUCUCUAGACAUUGGCUUUGUUAGGACCCAAUGAACCUCGGGCAUCGUGUGUCACUAUAGUAGUGUAGACGUGGACCCUGGCACUUAGAGGGGCAACUGCCUAACUAGUAUAGGCAAUCCUUGUGCCUUUUCCUGUGGCAGAGUCCAUAUUGCCUGGAGUUACGCAAAUCAGGUUAACAGUCUAAGAGCCACUGAUAUUAUGGGGUUAUUUGAAGUCAUGUAACCGGCACCAUGUAUGCGCCUUGGCCUUGUUUUAAGACUGUGCUGGGAGAGGGGGUGGAGAGCGUGUCUGUGCAUUAAAGGGUAACCAUUUAGUGCUUCUGGUUCAGGGCUUGUGUCUGAAUAGGAAUGUGUGCUGUGUGUAGGGGAAUAUGCUGAUAUUACAAAGACAAACAUUUUCUUAGGUUCUAUGUGCACUGAGAAAGGCCUUGUAAGUAUGUAUUUAACGCAGGGAGACCCUGCAAAUACUUGACAUACUUGCACUGCUGUUGUGAAAUCUUGUGGAACGGCAGUAUAUUAAAUGUAUAAAUUAAAUCAA